GCGAAGCCGAAGCUGGGAGUGGCGUUAACACUUUUGCCCUUUAUGGCAAGCAUAUAACUCGCGAGUCGUGAAGUCCCUGACAAAACAAACGAAGCCAAAUUUCUCAUUUUGGACCUCCAACUCUCUCUCUCUCUGUCCCCUUCUUCCCCUCUUGACCACCCCAAAACUUUCAUUGUCUGCAGAGGAUCUAGGGUUUUCAAUACUGAGUCUUUCUUCUUGACUUACUGGCCCAAAAGGAAGGCUGCUUUUCAGGCGGCUAUGUGAUUCAUUGGGAAAGCGGGGAAACAAUAUUCAAGUAGUAUGACAACUGAGAGUCCAAUUAGAAUGCCUUCCCAUAAGGUUGCUGCAAAAUUCGCACCAUUGCCUACCAAUAUGGUGGCAGAAGAGUUAGGAUUGCUCAAGAGUCAUACACUUCAUGGCAGCGGCAGGGAUGCGGCACCUAUUCGAAGUGGAAGUGCGCCCCCAAGCAUGGAGAGUUCUUUUUUGGCCCUAAGUAACCUUGCAUUGCAGCAGAGUUUGAGCCCAAACAGUGAAAUUGAAAGCCGCAAGUCGGCAAGAAAAUUACGUGACACUAUAGCUGUUUCUUCUAAUGUGAACUUUAAACCAAGACUUUCUACGCCUCAGAACCUGAAUCAGCUGAGUGGUAAAUACGGUAAUAAUUUUGGAUGGACUUCUAUAGAUGACAGCAGAAUGCAUUUGUCUCAAUUUACCCUAUCUGCACACACAGAAGAGGCUGAGGAGGAUCGCUUGCCUAGGCAGCCCUCUGAUGAUUUGGUUGAAGAGUCAACUGACUUCUGGGCUGAACAGGAUACAUCUUCGGUAGAAGGCCAUCCCAGAAGUGUGGUUGAUUUAAUACAGCAAGAUUUCCCUCGUACUCCAUCACCUGUAUAUAAUCAGUCUCACUCAUUAAGCUCUGGAACAACAGAAGAAGCAGUGGAUAAUGAUGCUGAUUGCAGAUUGAAUGUGGUUAAAUCAACUCCUAGAGCAAAUGACAAGAGGCCGUCAAUGAAAUCUGAUUGUGUGGCUGCUUCCGGCCUAAGCUCAUCUUCCUCUGAUUGUACAGGAAGUGUACCAUCCACGUCUCCUCUUCUGGGAGAAACUCUGCAUGAUACUAAUGCAACAGUUAUUGAACCUAAAAUGAAGGACCUUAAUAUAUCUAGCCUGCCAAGUUCUGUAGAUCAAAAAAAUCAAGGACCACGGCAGCUCAAUCACCAGUCUAACACACAGCUACAUCAAGUACACCAGCAAAGAAACAAUUCAUUUAAAGUUCCAAUUGAGGUAUCUCAAGUGAGUUCUUUGGGAGUGAAUGGCUCAUACCCUGGGGCCUGCAAUGUCACAACAGAGGUACAGCCAGUACUGCCAUCAUCUGGCUUGACUCCUCCACUCUAUGCAACUGCUGCAGCCUACAUGACCUCUGGAAAUCCUUUUUACACUAAUAUACAAACUCCAAACAUGUACUCUACACAAUACGGUGUAGGCGGAUAUUCUUUGAGUCCAACUGUUGUUCCUCCACUCGUUUCUGGAUACACCCAUCACGGGGCCAUUCCAAUGGUGGUUUUUAAUGGGUCUGCUGGUCCAAACUUCAAUGCUAGAAUAUCUGAGGUUGCAACUGGAGGAAGCUUUGCACAUGGAGGCGAGAUGCAGCAAACUAAUAAGCUUUAUGGACAGCUUGGAUAUGCAGUGCAACCUUCUUUUGCUGAUCCUGUAUAUAUGCAAUACUAUUAUCAACAACCUCUUGGGGAGGCACAUAUUACCUCUGGUCAAUUUGAUCCAUCAGCAUCCAGGGUUGGAAGCCAAAGUAUUGUCACAUAUAAAGGAUCUGAUAUUGCUGCAUCCUCACAUGACCCAAGAUUCCGACACCAAAAGAAUGGAGGAGUGGGAAUUCUGAACCCUGGAACUGGAAGAGUUAUGGGUUCUUCUCACUACAUUGGACGCCCGCCAAAUAUGGGUACUUCAUUGCAAAAUCCAUCAUUUUCCCUCGCUAAUGCACAUUUGCCAGCUUCUCCAGUUCUGGGUCCUGGAGUUCCUGGAACAAGAAACGAAAUACGAUUUCCUCCGACUUCUGCUAGGUAUGUUGGCGGAUAUUCUGGUUGGCAGGGUCAAAGAGGAUCUGAGAGUCUUCAUGAUCCUAGAAUUUAUAGUUUUCUUGAAGAGUUGAAAUCUGGUAAAGGUAGAAAAUUCGAGCUAUCUGAUGUUGCGGGGCAUAUUGUUGAAUUCAGCGCUGAUCAACACGGGAGUCGAUUUAUUCAGCAGAAGUUGGAGAGUUGCAGUGCUGAAGAGAAGACAUCUGUGUUUAAAGAAGUUCUUCCACAUGCUUCCAAAUUAAUGACAGAUGUAUUUGGUAACUAUGUUAUCCAAAAGUUUUUUGAGUAUGGGAGUCCUGAGCAGAGGAAGGAAAUGGGAAAUCAGCUUGCGGGUCAAAUUUUACCCUUGAGUCUGCAGAUGUAUGGCUGUCGUGUUAUCCAGAAGGCACUUGAAGUUAUCGAGCUGGAUCAGAGAGCACAGCUUGUUCGUGAGCUGGAUGGACAUGUAAUAAGAUGUGUACGUGAUCAAAACGGGAAUCAUGUGAUACAGAAGUGUAUUGAGAGUGUUCCAACAGGGAACAUUGACUUCAUAAUCUCAGCCUUUUGUGGUCAAGUGGCAGUACUUUCCAUGCAUCCUUAUGGUUGCCGUGUCAUACAGAGAGUGUUGGAACAUUGUACGGAUGAACUGCAAUGCCAGUUUAUAGUGGAUGAGAUCUUGGAGUCUGCACUCACUCUUGCUCAGAAUCAGUAUGGCAAUUAUGUUACCCAGCAUGUAUUGGAGAAAGGAAAGCCAUGUGAAAGAAGUCAAAUAAUUAGCAAGCUGUCCGGGCAUAUUGUCCAGCUAAGCCAGCAUAAAUUUGCAUCGAAUGUUGUGGAGAAAUGUCUGAAGUAUGGUGGUAGCGCUGAAAGAGAUCUCAUAAUUGAGGAGAUUGUUGGGCAGAAUGAGGGGAAUGAUAAUUUGUUGACGAUGAUGAAGGACCAGUUUGCGAAUUAUGUGGUUCAAAAGAUUCUUGAAAUGUCUAAUGAUAGUCAACGGGCAAUAUUGCUUGGUCGUAUAAGAGCACACGCCCAUGCCUUGAAGAAGUACACAUAUGGGAAACACAUUGUGGCUCGGUUUGAACAGAAAUUCGGAGAAGAAUAUCUAACAUCGGAUUCAUGACGCUGACAAUCAAUCAUCUAAUUCAACUACCAAUGUGGUGGUGGAAUUUGAUGUCCAUAGCUGAGGCCUGAUCUAUUGUUUGAAAUGAAUGUAGCAUGAAGUAGUAGUUGUUUUGUCAAGCCAUGCUAUGGAAUGCAACAACCAUAGCUGAAGCCUGAUCUGGACAUUGAAAUGAAUGCAGCAUGAAUUGGGGAAGAGUACUCUGUCACAGCUACAUACAUUGAACUUUCAACCUUUAGGAAAACCAGGUUGACAUUAUAAAGUCUGUAAAUAUUGGUCUUGAAGUAGUUGGUAGAAUUAUUUAGUGAAAAAUAUUGCAAGGUUGUGUGUGUUGCACUAGAUUAGAUUCAAGGAUAAUUAUUUGGAAGGUAACCGUUCCUGAUGAUGCUCUGUAAAGAUAAAGAUGUUUCGUUGAAUUGUUUUAUUUGACUUGGAUUCAUAAAUUAUAUUCUAUAUGGAUGAAAACAAGGGAAAGUUUCUUUACAAUCCAAGAAAUUUCUGGAAA